CCCCACCCCACCCCACCCCCGGCCACCUCGCUGUCUGCCCCCGACCAUGGUAGUGUUCAAUGGCCUUCUUAAGAUCAAAAUCUGCGAGGCCGUGAGCUUGAAGCCCACAGCCUGGUCGCUGCGCCAUGCGGUGGGACCCCGGCCACAGACUUUUCUUCUGGAUCCCUACAUCGCCCUCAACGUGGACGAUUCUCGCAUCGGCCAGACGGCCACCAAGCAAAAGACCAACAGCCCGGCCUGGCAUGAUGAGUUCGUCACCGAUGUGUGCAACGGACGCAAGAUCGAGCUGGCCGUCUUCCACGAUGCCCCCAUCGGCUACGACGACUUCGUGGCCAACUGUACCAUCCAGUUCGAGGAGCUGUUGCAGAAUGGGAGCCGUCACUUCGAGGACUGGAUUGAUCUGGAGCCAGAAGGAAAAGUGUAUGUGAUCAUUGAUCUCUCAGGGUCAUCGGGCGAAGAAGCCCCUAAAGACAAUGAAGAACGUGUGUUCAGAGAGCGGAUGCGGCCGAGGAAGCGGCAAGGGGCCGUCAGGCGCAGGGUCCACCAGGUCAAUGGCCACAAGUUCAUGGCCACCUACCUUCGGCAGCCCACCUACUGCUCCCACUGCAGAGAUUUCAUCUGGGGUGUCAUAGGAAAACAGGGAUACCAAUGUCAAGUUUGCACUUGCGUCGUUCACAAGCGAUGUCAUGAGCUCAUCAUAACCAAGUGUGCCGGGCUGAAGAAACAGGAAACCCCUGACGAGGUGGGCUCGCAGCGGUUCAGCGUCAACAUGCCCCACAAGUUUGGGAUCCACAACUACAAGGUCCCCACCUUCUGUGACCACUGCGGGUCCUUGCUCUGGGGCCUCUUGCGGCAGGGUUUGCAGUGUAAAGUCUGCAAGAUGAACGUUCACCGUCGAUGUGAAACCAACGUGGCUCCCAACUGUGGAGUGGACGCCAGAGGAAUUGCCAAAGUGCUGGCUGACCUAGGGGUCACUCCAGACAAAAUCACCAACAGUGGCCAGAGGAGGAAAAAGCUCGUUGCCGGUGCCGAAUCCCCACAGCCGACUUCUGGACAUUCCCCGUCCGAGGAGGAUCGAUCCAAGUCAGCACCCACGUCGCCUUGUGACCAGGAACUAAAAGAACUUGAAAACAACAUCCGGAAGGCUCUGUCAUUUGACAACCGUGGGGAGGAACACCGGGCGGCAGCAUCCACCGACGGCCAGCUGGGGAGCCCCGGAGAGAACGGAGAAGUCCGGCAAGGACAGGCCAAGCGCUUGGGCCUCAAUGAGUUCAACUUCAUCAAGGUGUUGGGCAAAGGCAGCUUUGGCAAGGUCAUGUUGGCGGAACUCAAGGGCAAAGAUGAAGUGUAUGCCGUAAAAGUCUUGAAGAAGGACGUUAUCCUUCAGGAUGAUGACGUGGACUGCACAAUGACGGAAAAGAGGAUUCUGGCUCUGGCACGGAAACACCCAUAUCUAACCCAACUCUAUUGCUGCUUUCAGACCAAGGACCGCCUCUUUUUCGUCAUGGAAUAUGUAAACGGGGGAGACCUCAUGUUCCAGAUUCAGCGGUCCAGAAAAUUCGACGAGCCUCGUUCCAGGUUCUAUGCUGCAGAGGUCACGUCUGCUCUCAUGUUCCUCCACCAGCACGGGGUGAUCUACAGGGACUUGAAACUGGACAACAUCCUUCUAGACGCCGAAGGCCACUGCAAGCUGGCCGAUUUUGGGAUGUGCAAGGAAGGGAUUCUGAACGGUGUGACAACCACCACCUUCUGUGGGACUCCUGACUACAUAGCUCCCGAGAUCCUGCAAGAGUUGGAAUAUGGUCCCUCAGUGGACUGGUGGGCCCUGGGGGUGCUGAUGUAUGAGAUGAUGGCUGGGCAGCCCCCCUUUGAAGCUGACAAUGAGGAUGACCUUUUCGAGUCUAUUCUCCAUGAUGACGUGCUGUACCCGGUCUGGCUCAGCAAGGAGGCCGUGAGCAUCUUAAAAGCCUUCAUGACCAAGAACCCGCACAAGCGCCUGGGCUGCGUGGCGUCACAGAACGGGGAGGAUGCCAUUAAGCAGCAUCCCUUCUUCAAGGAGAUCGACUGGGUGUUGCUGGAGCAGAAGAAGAUCAGGCCUCCCUUCAAGCCAAGAAUUAAAACCAAAAGAGACGUCAAUAACUUUGACCAAGACUUUACGCGAGAAGAGCCGGUACUCACGCUUGUUGACGAAGCAAUUGUGAAGCAAAUCAACCAGGAGGAAUUCAAGGGUUUCUCCUACUUCGGGGGAGACCUUAUGCCCUAGGAAGCCUCCGUGGGUUGAGUUUGCCCGCGCUGCCAGGAGGGUGCCCACGCAGAGGCUCAGAACGUCUCCCAACUGCUCCUGCUCCCCAGAACCCCAGUCCCAUGUCCAUUCUCUAUUUAUUGCAUUCCCUCACCGUAUGCCACCUCCCCUCCCCCACCCUCCCGGUGACCAGAAGGCACCCUUGGGUCUAGACAGGAAUGCAGACUUGAACUGGACCAACCGCAAGCUGUGCGCACUGCCCUGUUUGGACUGUCCGUCCAUCUGCAAUCCUGAGUCCACUCCUCAGGCUCCUGGUCACGAAGAAACUUCAGUUCUUUCAUGACAAAGAGGGAGGAAAAAAAAAAAAAAAAAGAAGAAGGAAGAAAGAAAUCUGACAGGGAGACUGUGGCUCUGCCUUUGGAUGUAGAAUCCCGGCACCUCGCGUUUCUCAUCUCUCCUGUCCCCUCCCAGGCUGCCAUCUCUGUCCUUCGGCCUCUUAGAAAAGACUGGUGCUUUUUCCACGUGAGGGCAGGUGCCUCAGGGUAUGCCCUUGCUGGAGAGAGCCAGAGAGAUGCCCCGGCUGCUCUGGAAUGGUACAUUCCUACUUGCUUUGGUUUUAGCUUUUUUUUUUUUUUUUUUUUUGAGCAUGCCAAAGUCAUCUACAUGGAAGAAAUCAUCUUUCUGGGGGAAAUAUAUAUAUAUAUAUAUCUGAUUUUGAACUCUAUUAACAUUUCAAAAAAAAAUCAAAUUCAUUUUCUAAUUGGCCAAAGGAGAGUUGUUUCAAUGUGAAUCCAGGUAGAUUACUAAAGGGCUAAUAUACAGUGAGAAUCCAGUUGUCCCAAGUUUAUGCCGCCAAUGCUUCAGUGACAUACGUGGGCCAUAUGAGUGGCGAGGAAAGGAAAUUUCAUGCUUCGUGUCGUUUAAGAUCUGCACGAGCCCAAAGGCCACCAGAAGGCUAGCCAAGACCACCCUGAGGCUCUAGGAAAGUCCAAUUCUCUUUCCACCUUUGUCCUAAGUUCCCAGUACAAAUGCUAUUUAUUUUCCGCAUCCGUGUGUUAAUGGUCUUAUUUUAUUUUAUUUUAUUUUUUUUGCACACUUCUACAACAUGGUAGUGCCAAUGUGCUUUGGAACAAUUUAUGGAUGAAGCGAACUCGGAACCAUUUGCUUUUGGAACAAGGGGAAUAAGGCGAAACAAGGCUCAGGCAGAGCGCGUCAGGAGACUGAAGAAGCGACUCGGUGCAGGAUAUGCCCGAGGGCACAGGUUCCGUUGGACGUGCGACGGCAGCUCGGGUGGGCACUGUUUCGUGGACUUGGACUUGCCGUUACCUCCCGUAGACACGCUGACAGCGUUACGUCGUUGGAUUUCCAAGGGUUCUCUGUGGCUCUGUGUACGUGGUUCCCUGAAGGUCAUUUGAUUCCCUAUUAUUUCAACCGAACUGAUUUAGCAGGGAAUGGAAUCCAUUCCAACUGUUGCACGUGGAUUUCCCAACUGCCCCUAAAUAUAUAUACUUUGUGAGUGGCAAAGUGGCACGAAUGAAGCUUUUUUUGCCUUUUGUACAUUUGAGAUUUUUUUUUUUUUUUUUGUAUAUAGUGUUUGCUGCAAGGCCUGUGGAAUUCAUUUAUUGAAUAUAGAGGUAUCAACUGCUGCAUGUUAAGGCAUAUUAUAAAACUUUAGUCUAUGAAAGAAUAAUUAUAAUAAUGUCCACGUGCAAUACUCCAUAAGUGUAUGUAUGUUCCUUUUGGGGGAGGGUGGGUUUCCUUUAUAUUGUUUAUUUCAUUUUGAUUUAAAAGAUGUAACAAUAUAUUAAGCUUUAUUAAAUCUCAUGGUUCUCUUGUGCUCUGUUAUACCCUGAUAGAGAUGGGGGACAGAAAGGAAUGUUCUUGAUAGUGGUUUCAAAGCUUGGACAAUGAAUAUUUUGAGCCCACAUGAAGCGUGUCUCUAUUUGCAUCUGGCUGGGUCACAGCUUUUAUUCCUAAGGAUGACGUUCAGUUCUCUUUUGCUUUUCUUUUUCUUUUGUUUGUUUUUUUUUUUUAAAAAAUAAACUCAGGUGUAUCUACGAUCUAUUCUUACGAUGACCGCAACUAUUAAAUACUGUGCUCUAUCAAUCUAGACGUUUGGCGUACCAGUGAAGUGAUAAAGACAUGAGCUUAAUUUAAUUUUUGGUGACUUGACAUGCUGGGGGCAGACUAUCUUCAGGAGGAGAGUACAAGCACAGAAACAUCUUCACGUGGCAUCAUCUCAUUUUUUUUUUUUAGGAAGACAUGAUAAUAUGCCAUCAUACUCAUGCAUAACUACUGCGUUCCCCCCCCCCUUUUCCUCCUCCUCCUCCUCGACCAUUGUGAACACUGGACAAUCAAGGCACAUCCAAUGGUGAUGACCAGUGGCCUUGUCCCAGGGCUGGAUGGUCACCCAGCAGUGGGGGCUAGGCCCUUCUUCUAGGACCACUGGCCUAUUGCCAGAAAGCCAAAUGACACUUUCCAUUGGCGGCUCCAGGAAGCCUCCUCCUGGCUCCCCUGCGGCCCCCCCGAGGCCCAGCUAGCCGAGAUUUCUCCAGCCCAUGACAUUCUCAUGCAAGCAGAUUUCGGUCCAGUGGACACUUUUCCUAAAAGGCUUGCGUGUUCCUUGGGUAUACGUUUUUAACAAGAUAUCGGGCUCUCGGGACAUGGCUCAGUGGUAGAGUACUUGCCUAGCUUAUGUGAAGCCCUGGGGUCAGCCAUCAGUAACACACACACAUACACACACACACACACACACACACACACGUUUGGAAGCAGGCAUGCUGAUACAUUUUUCUCCUGGUUCUUUAUAAUUUUCCCAGCUCUCUCUUUCUCUUUUAAACAAACAAAUAAAAAAUGGAAUGCAAAAUAAUGCCAAAUAUAUGAAGGAUAGCUGUUCUUGUUCUCUCAUUAUGGACUUUGUGAAGUAGAAAACUUUUUUUUUCCUCCAAAGGUGAAAAAAAAAAAACGCAUUCUUGCUUUAAUAAAAAAAAUAAAAAUAAAAGAAGGCUAAAAAAAUAUUACCUCUUUUUAAAUUAUGUGCAAAAUAAUUCUGGCUAAAUAUAAAAUGUAUUCAAUUUUAAGGGUUUUGUUUUGUAUUGUUAUGCUUUAUUUGUACACUUUUUUCCUCUCUGGAUGUAAUUUUAAUCUCUUGCCAUUCAUUAGUAUUAUUUCAUUGUAAACAUUAUUGUGCCAAACGUACUGUAUUCAAAAGGAUGUGAAUGUGUAUUGUUCCAAAACCUAAUAAAAUACGAUGACGUUAACUCUU